AUGAUUCGGCCUACGCGCGCUGUCGCCUGGACCGCACGCCUCCCCCCUCCGACACAAUGGCAGCGCUUCGCCAGCUCCUCGCCUCCAUCGCUGCGACAGUCGCCGAAGCUCAAAGCACAGCCGUCUUCCAAGCAGCUUCGUCCUCCCCUCCCUAAAGCACCCGCCAUUCGGCCGUAUAAGCCGACAAGCCACAAGCACGACAAAGCGACUUCCCCAGACGCCCGAUCGGCCACGACUCCCUCGCCCGACACCCUUCAAUCCCUCUGGCGCCGCUCCUGGCUGCCCCUUACCGGUGCCGCUCUCAUUUCCGGCUUCUUGGGCUUCUACAUAUUCGGCACGGCCGCCGCCUCUCUGAAGACGCCCCCCUGCCCAGGGUCCGGCUGCGAAUAUGACAGGCCCACGGGCCGGCCCCCUGCCCUCUCGGGCGACAACGCCGACCAGUUCGACAAGGAGCUCGACUUUGGGGAGUGGUGGAUGGGCAUCACGCGCCUCCGAAGGAAGCUCGCCGAGCGCGCCGACGGCCACGUCCUGGAGCUCGCCAUGGGUACCGGACGCAACCUGGAGCACUACAACUGGCAACCGCUGAGCGCGGCCGCCGGGGGAGGGGUCGUGCCGCAAGGGAUCCUCUCGUUUACGGGCCUCGAUAUAUCCGUCGACAUGCUCGAAGUGGCCCGCAAGCGACUCGCCGAGACCAUUCCGCCCAUGGCGUCGUCGGCGCCCUCGGUUGGCGCAUCCACCAUGGCCGACCAUGCUGGCGGCGAGUUGGCCUUCCUCGGCGGUCGCCUACGUCUCGUCAACUCCGACGCCCACGGUGCCAUCCCGCCACCUGCAGCUGGCGGUCCGAACGCAAAGUACGACACCAUCGUCCAGACCUUUGGCCUCUGCUCCGUUUCCGACCCGGUCGGCGUCCUGUCCAAUCUCGCCUCGGCCAUCAAGCCCGGCACCGGCCGCAUCAUCCUGCUGGAACACGGAAAGGGCUGGUACGGAAUCGUCAACGGUCUCCUGGACAAGAACGCAGGAAAACAUUUCGAAAAGUACGGCUGCUGGUGGAACCGAGACAUCGAGGCCCUCGUCGACGAGGCGGUGCAAAGGACGCCAGGUUUGGAGCUCGUCAAGCUGAGCCGACCCAUCAUGUUGCAGAUGGGAACUCUCGUCUGGAUCGAGCUCCGCGUGGCGGACCGGCCAUGA